CGCGGUGAUGAUGGCGGUGCGUGAACGCGCAGUUAAAGUAAUGGCUGCUCUGGAUCGGCGGGUGCCUUGUCUCGACGACUUCGUGGGCCAAAGCUGGAGUGUUUGGGCCGAAAGAAUCAGCCUGACAGCGCCGGACGGGUCCGAUGGGGAAGACUGCAGCAAGAAUGGCAAGAAAACGACGGAAACCAUGACAUUAAGGAAGGAGGAUAUGUCCAUCUUCGGACACUAUCCCGGACACGAUGACUUCUACCUGGUGGUGUGCAGCCACUGCGGUCAGGUGGUGAAGCCGCAGGCCUUCGAGAAGCACUAUGAGAGGAGGCACGGGUCUGUGGGGAAGCUCUAUGCACACAUGCGCGCCACCCCACCUGCUGCCCAGCAACGGACACACCCCCGGCACGGACACGCCCCACCCGCCACGGGCCAUGGGACGGCCUCCUGGAGCGGCAGGAGUCAAGGCGCUGGUGGACCCCCGCGGCCCGCGCCCCAGUCGCCGUCCACGCCCCCUCAGUUCAGGCACAGCAAGACGACCAAGGACGCAGUUCGUCUCUCUCCUCUGGAAAAGACCUCCAACUCUGGUCACUCUGAGUCCUCAGUCUUCAAGCAGCCUCCACCUUUAGAGCCUCCUCGAAACUCUCCUCCUCCGAGCCUCAGAGACCCACCCUGGCCCCAUGGAGGCCCCUCGCCAAGUCGGACUGCGACCACCGAGAGGUCACCAAGCCAGAGAGCGGAGCCUAGCUCUGCGCCUGCCACACCUGGGCAUGCCCGAGGUACCAGGCCUCAUAAGGUGUCAAAAAAAGAAUGUGACCUGGACAAACACUGUGGUGUGUUGGAUCCAGAGAGGAAGAAAGUUUGUACUCGGCUGUUAACCUGCAAUAUUCACUCUGUUCACCAGCGGCGGAAGGUUGUAGGCAGAAGUAAGAACUUUGACCAGUUGGUGGCGGAGCUGAAGAUGGGUUCAAAAAGCCGCGAGCGCGUGGCUCAGACCCAUGAGGGUCCGGCCGCCCCGUCCCCCAGCCUGGAGGCUCCGAGAGAACCCACUAACUCGCCACACUGCAGGAGACCGCUGGCCAACUCCCCUGCCUUCAGGACGCGGACGUUAUCUGAGAGCGCCCCUGAGGAGGAGAAGGCUGUCCGGGAGGAGGGGGGUGCACGGCCUUCGUCUCCCCUCGUUCAGGGCCGGAUAUCCAGCGAUGAGAGUGAAGGAGAGGCUGCUGAGGAACCCCCUGACUGGCAUUCCACCCCCUGGCACCCCAAACCACUCGCGUACUGUACGUUUGGCAGUUGUGCUCUGGGUCACGGUGUCUUCACGUUUGACCGGCGAUUGCACCAUCUGCGGUCUGCUGUAAGCGCCAUGGUAGAGAGCCACCUCAGCGCCCACCUGUGGAAGAAAAUACCUCAAGCAUCAGAUCCUCAGUCCCAGAGUCCUUCGGCCAAGCCUUCAGCUGUUCCUGCCUCCCCUUCCUCCGCUUCCCAUCAUUCCAAACCAAAGGCAGGAAAUCACAACUCCGCCUCGAUCAAGACUUCCCCGUACUCCUCCCAGGGACCAGGCAAGGAAGCCCACCCACAGAGUUCCUCCACCAGCAGGACCUACAGUCAGUCUGAGAAGUCUGGGGGCAGCAGCCAAUCGGCAGCAGCUCACUCUAAGCCCGCUCGGACAGCCAGCCAGCCAGGGGGUCCGGGGCGGCCCAAGAACCCCGUGGGCCGACCCAGCAAGCAGCAGGUGCGCCUCAGGGAAGUGGAGCGGGUCACGCCAGCAGCCGCUCUGCGAAAGCGCAAGGCCUCUGUGAGCGAGGCCGAUGCUGUCAGCCCAGACAGGAACUGUUUGAGCCCGGACCGGGACAGGGACCGGGUCCGGCCACCUGUGUCCAGCAAAAUGUCUCCAGCUCCGAAUCCAACUCCAGCACCGGACAGACCAACACCUCCAUCUCACGGACAGACCAACGGCUCGCUCUCCCCAGGGCACAAGCCGCCAAGGCCGCAGCUGGGCCCCUCUUCGGCCGAAACACCCCACGGCCCCUCGGCGUGGCCGUUUAAGCGGACUCACACCUCACCCCCAGACCCGCACGGGCGAGGGGGAAACUCAGGACACCACAGCAGGGUUCCCGGCUACGAGCACAGAGGACUGGGGAAGAAGCGCAAAAGCAACGACUCGUCACCUCCCUCCAAAGCCCACCGGCUGCCCACCUCCCCUCACUCUGGCUUCUAUCCCUGGAAAGAGAGCAAAGGGGCGGCGCUGCCUGUAGGAGGGGAGAAGAAGCUCAGUGCACCGAAGCCAAAACUGCAUCGUUGAGCAGGCCAGCCUUCCAAGCCACUAACUGGGGGAGCCCUGCGAAACAGUAUGGACUGUGGAUGCGAGACUCCAGACGUGUGUGUGUGUGAAUGUGUGAGGUUGUGUGAGAGAGACACUCGUGAGUCAGGAUAUGUCAGAUCUGUGUGGAUGAG